UGUGUUUGGUUUUAUUUUUUAUGUCUGCAAAGAAUGUUAGCUCGCUAGCAAGAAUCCGCAGUAGUGGUCCCUCAGCAGGACCUACUGCAAUUGUUGCCUCACGGUCAAAUAGAGGCCGGGGAUCACAUUCUGGCCUACAUGUAGCUAAUACUAAUAAGCAGUGUUAACGCUAUUUUCCCCAGCAUUUGCUACAGUGGCAUUUUGGAAUUGUGCAAGUCAAACGUUUGAAAGGUUCAGGAGAACUCUCCAGGACACCGGGCAGGACUGGAGCCUUUCUUUGACUUCAUCGUCUCCAUCAACAAUGAAAGACUGAACAAGGACAAUGACACCCUGAAGGACCUAUUGAAGGCCAGUGUGGAGAAGCCGGUCAGGAUGUUGGUCUACUCCUCGAAGACCCUGGAGCUCAGGGAGUCCACCGUCAUCCCUAGCAACCUCUGGGGUGGCCAGGGCCUGCUGGGAGUCUCCAUACGCUUCUGCAGCUUCGAGGGAGCCAAUGAGAACAUCUGGCACGUGCUGGAGGUGGAGCCUAACUCUCCAGCAGCCCUGGCUGGCUUGCGGCCCCACACUGAUUACAUCAUAGGAGCCGACACCGUUAUGAACGAGUCGGAGGACCUGUUUUCUCUGAUAGAGACCCAUGAAGGGAAGGGGCUGAAGCUGUAUGUCUAUAACACAGACACAGACAACUGCAGAGAGGUGGUCAUCACCCCGAACAGCGCCUGGGGAGGGGAGGGCAGUCUGGGAUGUGGGAUAGGAUACGGAUACCUGCACAGAAUUCCCACCCGACCAUUUGAAGAGGGGAAGAAGAUCAGUUUUCCAGGUCCUCUUCCCAGUGGUGAGCCCAUCAGCCCACUCAAGGAUGGAUUCACUCAGGUUCAGCUGUCAGCUGUAACCCCUCCGCCUGCCAUGCCUUCUGUCCCCACGGGGCUUGAGGAUUCGCUGUCCGGCCUGUCAAUCAGCUCAGCCCCGCCCACUACCCCAAGCGAGUUUCAGACAGGUCUCCCCACUGUUCCCCUGCUGCCCACCUCUAUCAGCCCCUCCCUGAGCCCCCUAAACCCUGCCUCCACGACCUUCAACCCCGCCACCACGCUACCAGGUCUGAUGCCUCUCCCGGGCAGCUUCCCCCUACUUCCAAACCUCACCAACCUCAACCUCGGCGCACUACCAGACCUCAGCGCUGUGUCGUUAGCAGGUUUCCCUCCACUCGCCCCCUUCCCUCCUCUGAACCUGCCCUGUGUCGCCCCCCUCCCCCCCAUGCCUGCCAUGCUGUCCCAGCUACCACUCCUGCCCCCAGGGGUAACAUCUUUUCCCCCGGUCGACCUCUCUUCCUUCACCCUUCCAACAGUCGCCCCAGAGAAGCAGACCCUCCCUGAUGCCACAGUUCCCUCUACUGCCACAGAAUCAGCUGUCGCCUCGGAAACCGCCCCCACGGAAUCACAGGCUUCUACGGAGACAACGUCGUCGUAACACAGGAAGAGUCUCAGACCCAGAACCACACCUACCAGUUUCUCUGUCUCCUUCUCUCUCUCUUUCGCCCUCUAUUUAUUUAGCCAGGAGGGAGAGAAGCAUAUUUCCAGCAGUGAGGCUGGCGCACUCAGAAGGCAGUCAGUUGGAAACGUGGAGCAGAGGAAUGAAUGAUGGACAGAUGGGAUGAAGGAGUGGCAGUGGCUAGAAGCAGAGUAGCCCUACCAGCCUGCCUGUCCCACCCGGCCUCUGUUUCAUACAAAAUACAUCAGCUUUUUUUAUAACCUCCCAACCCUUUAGUAAACCCAGAAAUCUCUUAGUUAGAUAUUCCUUCAUAUAUUCAUUUUUGUUAAAUUGCUUAGAUUGUUUCUGUUAAAGGGGCAAUCUGCAGUUUUUACAUACAUUUUUGGACUUAUAAAUGAAUUAUAUGUACCCAUUAAUUCUUGAGCCCCAUUCUACCCCAAAAUAUAAGCUUGUUUUACACCAAUGUUGGUAAACAAAGUAGAUGUAAUCAAACACAAAACAUGCCUAAAACUAACUUUAAUUUUGAUAUCAUGAAUGUUCAUUCCUUGCAUUUCCCCAUCCCUAAGCUUUUUACCGAAACCGGGGCAGGGAGUACGGUUUGUUUCAACUGCUGAUUGCUGCUUUAAAGAAUGAAAUCUGCAUUAUUUUAUGCCACAUUUGUCUGUUGAAAUCAUUAGGCAUGCAUGCUUGUACCUAUGUAAUACGUUUCUAUGCACCGUUCGUUUAAACAAAACUCUGAACGCU